GGGAACUGCACAUAACAAGCAAGGAGAUUGAUAUGUGCAGUAAGAGAAUUGAACAAACGCUGAGGCGCCGCGUCGGCUAUCCAACGGAAAUGGGUACGCAAGGUUUCCUUCGACGCUAUCAGCUGUUGGUGGCGGUGACGGCGGCGCUGAUCCUCGUCUGCCUCUUCACCCAAAGCACCCGAGAACAGGAUGUGCAGGAUCUCAAGAACAUGUUGGAGAACAUCAACAAAAAGCUCGAGAACAUGAAGUUGGAGGCCAGGGCGAACGCAGGACUUCCUUCGGGCGAGUGGGUGGACGAAAGAAGGGAGGAAGGAGAGAAGGAAGAGGAAGGAAUGGUUUCCGGAGACGAGGACGUCGUCAAUGGGAGACUCCUGACCUCCAAGGGCGUCCCUGUGAAGAUCGUGAUCAUGCUGGGGUCGACGGCGAGGAGCGGCACCAGCCUCCUCGGGGAGCUCCUUUCGCAGCAGGAGAAUACCCUGUACCUCUUCGAGCCCGAACUCUUCGUGAGGCAACACUCGGGAGAGAAGGUGACACAAGAGCUCGGCAUGAAGCACAUGAAAGACAUGAUCUACUGCCGAUUUGACGAGACCUUCAUCACCUUCCUGCACCGUCGGUCUUCUCCCUUCAACAUCUUCCGCCAUCCUGUGACCAAGACGAAUUGUCGCAACUGGGACUCUUGUCUCACCAUCCCCAAGCUGACAGAGGCGUGCAGGGCGGAGCCGACGAGGAUCAUGAAGGUGAUCCGUCUGCGCAUGGCUUGGAUGAGGGAACUGCUGGACGACCCGAAGUAUGACGUGAGGGUCGUCCACCUGGUGCGCGACCCCCGGGGGUCCCUCUACUCCAUGGCCAAACUCCACCUGCACAAGCUCAUGCCGGAGUACCACUGUCCCCUCAUUUACGACGACCUCGUGAGAGCGCCGAAACUCAUGGCCGAGUACCCGGGGCGUGUCAUCUCCGUCACCUACGAGCAGUUUUGCCUCGAUCCCGUUGACAUAGCAACACGGGUGUGGCGAAUGCUCUCUGGAGACGACGGGGCGUCGCUUCCCGUCUUGUGGUCGGAGUACAUUGCAAAGCACGUUCAUCGCACCUCCACCAAACGCAUAGCCGCCUACGGUACCUUUCGGAACAGCGCGGAGCAAUACCAGUCCUGGCGCGACAACAUUACGGAAGAUGCGUUAACGAGGAUCGAGGAACACUGCCAACCCGCGCUGGAGCUUUUAGGAUACAACGUCUUCGGUGAUUUAAAGACUGCGAGGAACCUGUCCGUGUCUCUCUUCGCAGAGUGAACGAGUCGAAGCUUCGAGCUGCUGGGUUCGCUAGGGUCGGAAAGCCUUCCAUUUGUUCUUCGGGUAAAUGUUUCGCAUAAUUUCGCGUCAUAGUUUACGGCGAUAGUGGUACUUUCCUGUCACCCUCUACUGUUCACAUAUAUUGGGAUAACUGUGCGGACUACCCGCCCCCCUUUUUAUAAUCCACAAUCUCGAUCCUGAUAAUAGGGAUAUCCGGAAAACUACAGGUAAAAUGUAAAGAAAAACAAAGUAUAUGCAAUGUAUAUGCGAGAAAGGUCAGCAGUUCACCUACUGCAGGAGACCACGCCCCUGCGAUCCGCCUCAAAGGGAGCUACCGACCCCCAACUAUCCUGUGAGACAAACGACUUCUACAGCAGGAUGGAUUGUAUGGCCGAAAUCCCGAAACCGAACUUUGAUACAUUGAUUAAAGUUGUAUCACGGUCGCUACAAAACACAAUGUCAUCGAAGUCUGUACUGACAUACAAAUUUUUGAUAAAAGGAUUUUCUUUUAUUAUUAUUUCACAUAUAAAAGUCAAUAGAAAACCAUGAUAGUACUCAAGUACUGGUAUGAUUUUUAACUGCAAGCAAAACAUUGUGGAAGCUUCAAAUGAAAUGGAAAAAGAACCUGACUAUGACGCUUUUAUUGUGUAUAAACACCACUAUUCACUUUGCAAGGCUGUGGAAAGUUUAGAUGUUUUUCUCAAAGAGUCAAAAUAUUUUUUUUCUUAUUACAUACAUUGUUCUUCAUAUGAAAAUUGGAAGAUGCAUAAAGUUUUGCAUCUUAUCGUAUCCACCACGAGUGAGCUUCCUGUCCGAGCCAGACUACUGGGUAAUUCCAGUGAAAUGAGAAAAAAAUAACUUCUUUUCUCAAAACUGUAUGUCUGUACAAACUUCAGACAAUGUAUCAUAGUCUUAAGGGUUUCGGAAUCCUACAAUAAAGGCCUAUAAUGCUGAAGGCUGCGCCCCCUACAUCGACGAAAAUAUAAGAUUUUAUACAAACACUAGAGGCCUAUCUGCACGAGCGAGCACGGUCGGCGGGCAUAACGUCGGCCUCUAGUAAAAGUGACGUCAUCUUUCCUCGCGCCCAACCUUGUGCCCGCUGAUCCUACCCGCUCUUGAGGAUCGAAUAGUGCCCGGCGGAAUAGGGAAUAGAAGGAAAUACGUAAAACCGCACAGAAAAUACCAGUCUCUGAUACUAAAUGCCACGUAAUAUCGCAUUAUAAACAUGUACUGUGUUCAGUGCCAUCUAUUGAGUGGGCAGAAUUACAGGAGAAUGAGUUCCCUUACUGCCGGCGACCACGCGGUAGCAGUUCUAGAAGCCAUAACGUGGGCACAGUGAAAGGGGUGCUCCUAAGCGUUCAGGAACUUUAUAUGUGAAAAGUGCGAUAACCACGAGGCGCUUCUCAAGCUGCCGUACUCGUGGUCUACUGAGAGGACUCGGGGUAGGUGCGGGCAGUCUGUAAGGCAGGCCCCGAACACGAUAAGGUUCCAGUGCGACAAGGUCAAUGUCCUGUAUCCGUGGAGGAUGGGGUUUGGAGAACGGUAGCCUCCUUUAGAGGGGACGCAGCUCCCUGCAAUAUGGCAGGCUCUCUUCAUAUGUUUCACUGCAUCAUCCGUAUUUUUGUUUAUGUUCUUAUCCCGCAAUUUUCCUGACAAAUUCCAUGCCCUCUCCUAUUAUCGGGACCGAGAUCAUGGGAAUGGGGGUGUUUCCUCGCAACGAACCCUCUAUAAAAGCAAGAGUAGGGAGUGAGAGAAGUCCAUCACUACCUCUGUCGUCGUGAAGCAAAACGCGUAGAUAUUCGAACAUUUACGUCCUUCGUUUUGUUGUUUCUUCCAUUUUGUUUUCUUUGUUUGCCUGUGCAUUUCAGUUUCUCUUUGUUUUUGCUUAUUCAUCCAGUUGUUAACUUAGUUUAUUUAUUUAUUCAUUGAUUCGUGUUUUAUUUAUUUAUUUUAUAAUCUACCAGUUUAUUUGGUUUUCCUUCUUGCUGUCGAUAUCUUCCAAACGGGUUCUUUUUCACUGUUUUAUUUAUUUUAUCUUUUAUAUAUCUCCCGUCUUCUUAAUUUCUUUCUAUCUCCCAGUCUGUCAGUCUUUUUCCUUUCUUUCGUUUUAUUCAUAUAUUCGUUUACUAUUUCAUUAUUCUUUUAUCUAAGGGUGACAGAGAAUAAAUGUACUGCGAUAUUUUUAGCAAAGUGUGUUCUUAUAUGCUUGAAGUGUGUAGAUUUACCGGAGAAUAUUUUCAGAUAAUUCGUUAAUAAAAAGAUUUUAAGAAAACUCUUUGUAUCCUUCACAAAACGUUUAUUCAGGACACAAGUUGUGAGAAUAAACGGCCACACAUUCCUCAGCAGUUG